UCGCGGUCGUGAGCGAGAUUUGGCGGCGGGUUUCGUUUAGCGGGUCGAGAUGGGUUUCCGCCUGUGGGGUCGAAAGAAGGAUGAGGAGCAGUCGUGGAGCGAGUUCGGGGAGCUCAUCGUCCACGUCUCGCUGUUCAUGCUGUCCGGGCCGACUUUGAUUCUGCUGCAGAAGUACGUGCUGGGCAACCUGGUGUUCGAGUAUCCGAUCUUCAUCGUGACGAUGUCCACGUUCUCGAGGUGGUUCCUGAUUCUGGGCCUGGUCCACACCGGCACGGUCAGGCUCGGGGCGCACAGGGACCUUACGUUCAUGGAGUGGACCAAGGGCAUGCUCCCGGUGGGUGUCUUGGAGUGCAUAUCUCUCGCGACGGGCUCGGCCGCGUACCUUCACCUGUCGGUGUCGUUCGUGCAGAUGCUGAAGGCUUUCCAGCCCGUGGUGCUGAACGUGCUCAUCACGACUCUGGGCCUGGAGCCGUUCAGCAUGCGCGCGUUCGUGUGUAUCGUGCUGGUCACCUUUGGCAGCGUCCUGGCAGCCAUCGGCGAGGUGAACUUCACGCUCACCGGUAUGUACCUCAUGCUCGUCUCCGAGCUGGCAGAGUCGGUGAAGUACGUCGUGCUGCACUACUUUCUGCGCAACGAGGGAUACUCGCUCUGGGAGGGUAUUUAUUUCACCACACCGUCGAGCGCGUUCUCGCUCGCGGUGCUUUGCUUCGUGUUUGAGCGCGACGUGGUGGAGCAGGAGAACCUGCUCGUCGUGCAGCACAACUCGAUUGUUUUUCUCAGCCUGGUGACGCUAGCGAUCAUCACCAGCGUUUCGGGGUUCGGGAUCAUCAAGGAGCUGGGAAGCGUGGCGAACAAGGUGUUGGUGAUGUUGAGGAACGCGCUGCUGAUUUAUCCGGCGACGCAGCUUUACGACGAGGUGGUGGCUCCCAUACAGGUGAUUGGAUACUCCAUAACUCUGCUGGGCACCGCUGGUUUCGCGUUUUUCAAGGUGAGCCAGGAGGUGAUAACGCGCACGCAGUCGCAGAUGGACCUGGCGUCGAUGGCGGAACUGAGCAGCAGCGACGACGAUGAGGGGACGGUGCCGUCCGACGUGGACUCGAGCGGAGGACGGGGACGGUACGGCGCCGUCGGCGGAUACGCCAGCGACCCCACCACGCAGCCGCUGCUGGCGAGUCCGGUGAAGGCGAGCAGGCUGGGGACGCCGCCGCGUUCGCCGAUGAAGCGGAACGGGUCCAUCAAGCGGUCGGGGAGCAAUAGCGGAAGGGGCCCGGGGCUACGAAGGACGUCGCCGCCAAACACGGGCGGGUACUGGGAUUGAUGACGCGGAGAGAGCGACACGAUAAGAUUAGCGGGAAAAAAAAAUUAAUCACACGCGCG